CAUUCGUAAAGAUUAUAUUCUGUUGUCAAUAUGUUGCUCUUAUAUCGAAGCUACUUUCUUAUUUUGGCUUACUAUUUAGCAACUAUAGAGUGUAAAUGUCCUGAAAUUACGCCGGCAAAAAACAUCGAUUUGGACAAGUUCGCGUCAGGCACCUGGUAUGAUGUUGCCAUAUCACACAACAAUCUAACGAAUGGGGAGAUUUUUGCAUCCUUGACGUAUACGAAAAAAGGCAACAAAAUUACAUUCGAAACAGCCGGCAUCCCUAAGGAUGAUAUUAAUUACGUUGAGGGCUCCGCCAAGGUGCUAUCGUACGGAAAAUUCCUUUACACUUAUAUAGUUGGAGAACCAAAGGAGCAAGUGGAUAACGUGGUGACGAUUGCGGCUCUUGAUGAUGAUUUCCUCUCACUGUACGGCUGCAAGAAUGAUGACGAGCAUCAAGAAAUCGUUUGGGUUGCAACGAGGGUGGAGAAACCAGAAGGCGCGUUGAAAGCCAAAGUCCAAAACUACUUGGACACCUACAUAAGCCCCUACACCAAACAACACGCUGCUUGGAUGACCAAAUUCUAAUUCUUAACCUAUUGAAAUCUCAACAACUUCUCUAUUAAAAGUAUUUCAAAUGUCAAA